UUAAGUUAACUGACUGUGGCUUAAUGCUGCCUUAACCCUGACUUUUCUCUGUCCCACGUUGCACUCUGAGCACAUUCAGAUACCAGUAUGAGCAACUUCGGGCAGAUCCUGAAGGAGGUCGGGGAGUUCGGUUUGUUUCAGAAACGUUUAGUGGCUGCGUUAUGCAUCCCCAGCCUGUUUACUGCUUUUGACGUGAUUGGCCAGUUGUUCACAGGCAUGAGCUACCCGCAUCGCUGCAACACUGACUGGAUCUUGGAGCGUGGGCCCAAUCUGACGGGUGAGGAACAAAGAAACCUCACCCUCCCGGUGAACAAGGAUGGGAAGUAUGAAAGUUGUGAAAUGUUCACACCUGUGGAUUUGGAUUUGGAGACAAUUGAAGCAUAUGGGCUUAACGAUACAAUUGGAUGCAUUAACGGAUCCGAUUUUGAGGCACCCAAAGGCGCCUCCAGCAUUUUUACAGAGUUCAACCUGGUGUGUGAGAGAAGCAGCUUGAUCGAAGCGUCGCAGUCCAUCUACAUGGCCGGUCUCCUGGCUGGAGCUCUGAUGAUGGGGCAGAUGGCGGACAGGUUUGGCCGACGCUUUGUCGUCCUGCUUUCCCUCCUUCUCAUGCUGCUGUUCGGUGUCGGUGCUGGUUUCUCACCCAACAUCUAUUUUUACAUUGUCAUCAGAUUUUUGGGUGGCAUUUCCGUUUCAGGCAUUUUGGCUAAUGCAUUUGUGAUAGGCGGAGAGUGGAGUGAUUCCUCCAAGUUUGCUCUCUGCACCAUUGUCUGCCACUCUUUCUUCCCUCUUGGACUGAUGGUGUUGUCUGGCGUUGCCUAUCUCAUCCGCAACUGGAGGGUCCUGCAGCUGGUGCUCUUCAGCCCUCUUCUCCUCAUGCUGGGAAUCUUCUACUGGAUUCUUCCAGAGUCAGCUCGCUGGCUCCUCUCCCAGGGCAGGAAGGAGGUGGCCAUAAAGGAGAUCCAGAGGGCAGCUAAGGUGAACGGGAGGGAGGUCCCAGAAGAUCUGCUAGAAAAGCUGGAGGUGGAGGUUCCAUCCAAAAGAGGAAGCAUGUUGGACAUCAUCAGGAUAUCAUAUCUGAAGAAGCGUGCUCUCAUAAUGAGCUACGUCUGGUUUGGAACGAGUCUGAUGUAUUACGGGCUGAGCCUGAAUGUUGGACACUUCGGUCUGGAUAUCUACCUCACGCAGUUCAUCUUCGGUCUAGUAGAAAUCCCUGCACGCCUGGGCAGUUUGUUUCUUAUCCAGCACUUUGGGAGGAAAAUUUGCCAAGCAGGGCUCCUGUUGUUUGGGGGUUGUGCUUGUCUUUUGAUUCUUGCAAUUCCAGAAGACCUUCCUGUCGUGGCAACAGUCAUAGCUAUAAUUGGAAAAUUUGCUGCCACUGCCAGCUUUUCCAUAGUCUAUGUUUAUACUGCAGAACUAUAUCCCACCACUCUAAGGCAGAAUGGCGUAGGUCUAAACUCCAUGUGCGCUCGUGUGGCGGGCAUGCUCGCUCCACUCAUCAGGCUCCUGGACGUCUACCAUCACACCAUCCCCAUGCUGAUAUAUGGCAUCAUCCCUGUUGGUGCUGCCGGUUUCUGCUUACUACUACCAGAAACCCUCAAUGCUGAACUCCAGGAACACGCCGAACCCACAAAACCUGUGGACACGACUGCUGUGACGGGACCCUUCACUAAUUCAGAAAAGAGCACAAGAAUGUAACUUAUAUGGACUUUCUUCUUCUCAACUGAGAAGUGGGUUCCUAAAUGCUGUUUCAACUGAAUCAUGUUGCACUUUUAAACAAUGCUACAGUAAUGGACUGUUUGAUAACUUGGAUUUGUAUACAAAAUAUUAAAUUAUAUAUUUACUUUGCACUUGUUUUUUCUUAUGUCGUUUUAUGUGUAUAUGUAUUCACAGCAUGAGUAAGUUUAAAAAUUGAAAUUGCGCAGAUGUAAAUGUCAUUGGCUCAGAUAAAAUCAGCAACUAGGGGGUGAGCAUGGAGGAACACUUAGCAGCAAAAAGACCAAGAUAUUUCUCUAGAGAACUGGUGGAUUAGUAUGCAUCAUGCAGCCAGAAAUACAACUCUGAAUGAAUGCUAGCGUUGAUCCAUAUCUGCCGGAUGUGUAAAUGGGCAAAGGUAACGCAAUGCAUGAGUGUGCGUGAUACUCCUGUAGUGGGGUUUAAAAAUCAACAACAAAACACAGACUGAUGUCGUUUGAAACUCUGUUCUCUUGCAUCUUGUGCUGGAAAAUGUAAUCAGCUGCUCUGAUCAUUAUUAACACUCAUUACUUUUUAUUGCCUCUGUGAAAUCUGUGCUAUCACUGCUCUGUGCACGCUGAUUUAACUGGACUGAAAACAACUACACUGUAAAGAAAGAUGUACCAUAUAUACUCAAUAAAAUUGAGGCAACAGAUUGCACGCAAUAUUAUUAAUUAAAUAUAAUCAGAUUUGUAAUUGAGUAAAUUUUAAUUAAAUGAGACCCUUUGGAGUUAACCAUUUAAUAUGAGUAGAUUUAAUUAAAAUACAAA